UUUUGUUGCUUGUGCGAGCAAGAAGUUGAUGCGUUGUCUUGUGCUUGUUUGAGCAAAGGAUUUAUCGUUUCUGUGGGACACAGGAACUUGUAUUUAUCCACGAUCCCAUACCCCAUAUUAUGCUUUCAUGAAAUCCGAAUUUCAAAGUGGCUUGUGAGUUUUGUGUUUGAAACUUUACGUUUUGAGAACCUCGCCAUGGAAAGAUUCUCUUGCAGAACUUGUUUAUUGCACACUACCGAGGACUCUAGUGUCGAAAUAAGUCGAGAAUGUAUUCUGGGCAGAUGUAUAAAGGACCUUUUAAUUCAUUAUAUACCAGAAUUGGAAUCGACCCUGGUUGACUCCAACAGAAUGUGCAGAGCUUGUUUCAAAACCCUGAGGAGCUUUGUAAAAUUUGUUGAAAAGUGCUUGGAGGUUGAAAACAGAUUGAAUAAUCCAGAACCAACAAGGAAAGACCUGGGCCUGGAUAGGUUGGAACUUGGUGGUAAUAUUGAAAUUGUAGAGAAUAUUCAGAUUGUUCUAGAAGAUGAUCAAAGUUAUUCUGGUGGUGAAAAUCCCCUUCUGUAUGAUUCCUCAGAAAAUAUUGGUCAUGACCAUGCCUACAUAAAAGCAGAAUUAUUGGAAGAGGGAGAGGACAUACCCCAACAAGCUUAUGAAAUUCAACCUGAAGAGGUCAAUGAGCAUAGCCAACUUGUCAGUUCCCUGCUUGAUGAAGGUAAUUUGCCAGAUGAGGAGAUGUAUGAUGAUGACAUGGGAGAAGGCAGUGUUAUUUAUGCAGAGGGUCUUGAUAUGGAAGAUAGUGAAUUGAUAAGGGCUGUGCAGUCUAAUACAGUUAAUGUCAAGAAAGAGGAUACUAAUGAUUCUUUUGCCACAGUUGAAGGAACAUCAGAGGGAGGUUUUAUUUACUAUGAUGCAGAAAUGGGAACAGAAGCUAAUGUUUAUAUUUGUGAUCUUUGUGGGGAAGGUUUCCUCAGUGAGGACUUGCUUAAGCAACAUUUUCAGUUCCAUGGAGAGGUGCGGAUAAUGUGUGACAAAUGUCCCAAAGUAUUCAAAAAUUCUACUGCACUCAAUGCACAUUACAAGUUGAAACACAUCGAGGUGGAACGUUUCAAGUGCAACCUUUGCCAGCAAACUUUCGCCAGAGCCGACUACUUGAGAAACCAUCUCAAACGCCACCAGGAAGAAAACGAAUCCAACAGGGUGAAGUGCAGAGUGCCAGGUAAAUUUCUGCGGUUCAAAAACACAGAGUCUCCUUUGCCUUGCAGAAUAUGCGGGAAAUAUUAUAACGGGAUUCAGAAAUUGAAGGUUCAUCUGCAGACACAUCUGGUGGUGAAGAGGUAUGCCUGCGAGUAUUGCGAUUUGACGUACAAGAGAUGGCCGAGUCUGAAGAGGCACGAGAAGACUCAUCUGGAAUCUGAAGAUAUAUUCCACAGGUGCAACGUGUGCUGGAAGCGGUUCACCACCAAGGGCGAGCUGGACGCGCACAUGAGCCAGCACGGCAACCCGCGGUACCGCUGCCAAAUCUGCGAGGAGCAGUUCCACCGUAAGUACCUCUUCGACGACCACUAUCUGCUGAGGCACGCCACGCCCGAGGACAUCGAGAACUCCAAGAAGGAGAUUAUUUAUGACACGCUGCUGGAGCUGUCCGGUCAGAAUGUCUCUCCGGAGUGAACAUUGAAUAUUUAUUAUGUUAUUGAUUAAUCAUAUUGUACCUUGUUUAUAAUAGUUUAGUAACAAAACGACUAAUACAAAUAUAUAAGAAAAU